AUGGUAAGCAUUUGCAUGCAGUGGGCUAAAUCGGUAGUUAAUUCAUUGGUGUCUUGUAGCAACGAAAAAGACUCUGGUGUGGAGGGCAGGGCUCUGGUCCUAGAACAUGAGGCAGAGGAAGAGUUACCGCACAGCCACGCAGGCGUCGCGCACACUGGGGAACCGCAGCCCCGCGCCUGCGCAGACGCGCCAGUCCGCCAGCGGCCAAGGCCAGAGGCCGCCCCGUUUAGCGCCUCCCUGAAGCGGGCCCGCGCCCCGGAUCGCCCGCCAGAUCCCGACCGGGACACCCUGCGCCCGCCCCAGCGGCUCACGCCGCGCUCCCGCGGCCCCGACCUCCCCGCACCUCUGCGGUCCCCAAAGCGGGGCGAGGAAAAGAUACAAGAAAAUUCCACCAAAGAGCAGCAUAACUUGCCUGGGAGUAAACAACGUCUUAGGAAACAUGAAAGAAUUCACAGUGGAGAGAAACCCUAUGAAUGUAAUCUAUGUAGUAUAAAAUUCAGGCAAUCUGGUACUCUUCAGCUACAUAAAAGAAUUCACAGUGGAGAGAAACCCUACGUAUGUAAACUAUGUAGUAAAACAUUCCGUCAUUCCGGUAGUCUUCAGCUACAUGAAAGAACUCACCGUAGAGAGAAACCAAUUGAAUGUAAACAGUGUAGUAAAACAUUCAGAGAUUCCAGUAGUCUUCAGCUACAUGAAAGAACUCACAAUGGAGUGAAACACUACAAAUGUAAACUAUGUAGUAAAAGAUUCACUAGAUCCAGUAAUCUUCGGAUACAUGAAAGAAGUCACUGUGGAGAGAAACCCUAUGGAUGUAAACUGUGUAGUAAAGCAUUCAGUUUUCCCAGUAAUCUUCGGAGACAUGAAAGAACUCACAGUGGAGAGAAACCCUACGAAUGUAAACUAUGUAGUAAAAGAUUCACUAGAUCCAGUAAUCUUCAGAGACAUGAAAGAACUCACGGUGGAGAGAAACCCUAUGAAUGUAAACAGUGUAGUGAAACUCUCAGUUGUUCCCAGUAAUCUUCAGACACAUGAAAACAUUCACAGUGGAGAGAAACCCUAAAAAUGCAAACAGUGUAGUAAAACAUUCAGUUGUUCCAGUCAUCUUCAGAGACAUGAAAGUAUUCACACUGGAGAGAAACCCCAUGAAUGUAAACAAUGUGGUAAAGCAUUCAGGGGUUAUAGUUCUCUUUAGUUACAUGAAAGAAACCUAUGAAUGUAAACAAUGUAAACAAACAUUCAUUCAUGCCAGUUUACUUUGGAGACGUAAAAGAUCUCACAGUGGAGAGAAACCCCAAAACAUGGAUUCACCCUGUCAUCUUUGUCAACAUGAAAUAACUCACCAUUAAGGAAAGUUUGAUGAAUGUAACCAGUGUUGAAAACAUUCCGUUAUUCUGGCCCUCUUUGUAGACAUAAAAAUGUAUUCACAG